AGCGGCGCUGGAGUUGCAGGCACUGAAGCUGCAGAGGCUGUUGUGCCUCGCUCAGUACCCUCUGAUGCCAUGGCCGCCCCAGACAUGGCGCAGCUCCCUGCUGUUGCGCAUGGAAGGCUUUGUUGCAGACCGCCAUUCCAGAGCGGAGGGCAGCUGCAGCAGCGGGUGGCUCCAUUUCAGCCUCUGCGCGGCCCACCCUCCCACCUCGACCGCGCAAGGCCGCCCCUUCGCAGCAGCCGCCCCGGGCAGCCAGCCCAGUCCACAGUUGUGAAGCCCCCCUGCCCAUAUUGGGAGGAAUUCGGACGUACUUCAUGCUCAGCGUUCUCCAUGGUUUGUUGAGGCAGAAGAGCACUGCCCAGGUCAGGGAGCUCCUGAGAUUUCUUGAGAGAAAGUACGAGUUUUAAGGUUGCCGGGCGCACGAUAUCCAUCGACAUUGGAAGAAGCCUCCUUUUAAGUGAAGAUUCCGCAAGGCAAUCAGCACAUCCCGGAUACCGCAAAGACGCAAAGGAGCAGCGGAAGACUUGUCGCGCCCUUGAAUGCGCGGAAUGUGGGUGGGCUCCAAAUUCUCUUAUAUAGGAUGUACAUGAAAUUGAGGUGCUCCGCAAUGAAUCAAAAUACCACAACCUCUUGUCCUGGGCUCACGAACAAAGCCAAGUCUUGCAGAGCUGUUCACAUCACAGCAGCCCGAUACAGCAUGAGGGCUUGCU